ACCAUUCUGGUGAAUCAUGGCGCCAGCGUGGACAUUCACGAUAGAGAGGGACAGUUACCCUUAUGGUGGUUUAUCAGUAACGCAGUCAAGCGAACCGCGAUGGAGCAGCAGCUUCAGUCCGGGCAAGAGGACUAUCUUCAACAAUGGCUCACUUUAUUGGGGCCCAAGCAUGGCGUCGAGCCUAUGACGAAAGCUCGGAGAACGUUCCUCUCCUGGGCCUGCGAGAAAGGCGAUCAAGAACUUGUUAAGCAUCUGUUGCAGACCAUCUGGGCUGACCCUAACUCCAUCGACCGAUAUAGGAAGACACCCUUGAUCUAUGCGCUAGAAUGGAACCACUACGAUAUUGCAGACAUGCUGAUCUCUGGGGUUAAGGCGGGGACAAUCUUAAAAAGGGACAUUGUCUCCCUGCGCAUUAUGAUCCAAGAAGGUCGUUCUCGUCUGCUCAAGCCCUUUCUUGAGAGAUACAAGCCGAGCCUAGAAAAGGAAGACGAAUACAACACUAUUCCUCUCAUGAGGAUAGCGCUGCAGCAGGCCGAUCGCGCAACGGUAGCAGUCCUCCUAGAGCACCAAGCCAGUAUUCAAGGCCUUGAGAACGUGGACUGGUUCGGUCCUUGCAGCACCGUCAAGUCGUCAGCAGACUUGGUUUUCCUGAACGAUAUGCGCACGGGACACGGCCACAAUGCAAUCCCUUUGAUGAAGAUGGCCAUAGGGGAGGGCGACCGUGCGGCAGUGGCGGCAUUAUUGGAUCAACGUGAAAGAAUACUCAGGAUUAAAGAACAAGAAAACGAUGAUGACAGCGAUCUCGGACAGCGCAGCAGGGAGGUCACUGCAUUGGCUGUCGACAUUGCCGUUGUCCGUAAUGGAAUCAAGACAGCGCAGUGGCUUAUUCAAGGCGCAUUGGAGACGCAUAUCAGAAAUAUGCCGAAGACGGCAGACGAAACCCAUCUGAUGCUCUUCCGGGAGAAUCAACUGUGGAAAACUUACCUGCAGAUAGGCCAUUCGCCAAACGAGCUGAGGUUCUCUCUGGGGAACAAAAGCCCCUGCAGGACAUUUACCUUGUCCAUUCAAAUGAAUCUGACAAUGUCUCAUACAUUUCCUGGCGGUCACAACGACGGGAACUUCCGCAGCUAUGAGAAUGGUACCUUCCGAACAAUUGAAUGGGCUGUCCUGGAAGUCCCUCCGAAAGCCAUACAUUACUUCAGCAAUCUGCCGUUCGGCUGGGUUCCCAAGAAUGACUUGGAGUUCAUUCAGCUAUUCAUGCAGACGUGGAGAGAAGACUGGAUGCAUUUCUGUCGAGACGCCAGAAGUGUUCUGAGUCGCCUUCGCUCCCAUCAACUGACCGCUCGAGGCAAAGAUGACCUCUUGAUCGACGCAGUUGCCGAGAAUAUGCAGCAGUGGACCCGACUUCAGGGAACGCUGGAGGAACAGCUCAGCCAGGCGCGUCACUUUGUCUCACAAUAUCAACGCUACAGCGAAACUCGUCGGUUCAGUGAACAAAUGCACCAGACCAUCGACGCCGUGGAGCGAGACAUCCAAAACCAAGUGGAUAAACUAGAACAGACCAUGCGAGAUCUAUUACAGAUAGCAAGUUUAUAUCAGCCCUAUCACGAGUUCGCCUGGGUCUCUAUCAACGAAGCGCAUCGGUCGACCAGCUUGGCAACGAGUCUGAAGCGGAUCAGCUGGAUUACUUUCGUCUUUCUCCCUCUUACGUUCGCAUCCGUAAGUUUUCAGACAUUGCUCCGCUGUAGCUGUCUAAUCCUCGCAGACCCUGUUCGGAAUGAACGUGGAUCUACUGAAAGACGAUCCGUCCUGGAGAUGGUACCCGCUCGUUGGCGGGGUAUUGUUACUCUUGACGGUCAUUGCAUGGCUGUUGUCCAAGUUCACCAACAUUGAAAUGUGGGCUGAGCGCAAAGCGGAACUGAUAAUGAAAAGGUCCAGGCGACGACGAGUCGACAAGGACUUGUAUCUGCUAUGAUCAGCGGUUUUCCCUAGUUAACACUAGUUACGACCCCCUGAUACGAGGAUACAUUUACACUACCGAAUGAAUCAGGAGUUGAAGGGAGGUCAGUGGACGGCAAACCUAGGCUUCUCGCCACUAUCGCCCAUUGCGUGUAGGUACCCGGAUACUCUGUACUUCAAGCCCCCGUCCGCAUCGUUGUCCAACAAGCUAUAUGCUGAAAUGCCAAGACAAUUACAAGUUUUGUUUGAUUGUAAUUACUGAUAAGAG